UAAAAAGCCCAGACUUUCCCGACCAGACAACCAUCCCAGAUCCCUGCAAGACAGGGGAUUAGAUAAAGAACAGGACAAGAAGCAGCGGGUCUCUGCAGUGCCCCCUCUGACCACACUCCUGCAGUGCUCUCUGACUCCUCCCCACACCGCAGACACCAUGCUGUCGCCCAGGGUCCUGCCCAGCCUGUCCUGGGUGCUGCUCUCCUGCCUGAUGCUCCUAUCCCAGGUCCAAGGUGAAGAGCCCCAGAAGGAAGCACCCUCUCCACGGAUCAGCUGUCCCAAGGGCUCCAAGGCCUAUGCUUCCCACUGCUAUGCCUUGUUUACAACACCCAAAUCCUGGGUAGAUGCAGAUCUGGCCUGCCAGAAGCGGCCCUCUGGACACCUGGUGUCUGUGCUCAGUGGGGCUGAGGCAUCCUUCGUGUCCUCCCUGGUCAAGAGCACUGUGACUGCCUACUCGUACAUCUGGAUUGGACUCCACGACCCCACUCUGGGCUCUGAGCCCAAUGGGGAUGGAUGGGAGUGGAGCAGCACUGAUGUGCUCAACUACUUUGCCUGGGAGAAACAUCCCUCCACCAUCUCUAGCCCCAGCCACUGUGGGAGCCUGUCCAGAAGCACAGGAUUUCUGAAGUGGAAAGAUUACAACUGUGAUGUAAGCUUACCCUAUGUCUGCAAGUUCAAGGACUAAGCCAGCUGGGAAGUUGGCAGCCUGAGACUGGUAUGCAGCUCAUCACAGACACAGGACAAGUAUGAAGACUCACCCUGGAAGGGAAUAUUCUUCACAUACCCCACAAACAUGAGCACCUCAGUUUUGAUCUUCCCUCCUCUUCCCUCCUCCUCAAACUCAUUCAGGCCUUUCUGUGUAUUCCAUGGCCUGAGGUCUCAGAAUAAUAAUAAAAAUUUUAGUUCAUGCUA